UGAAAGAAGUGUAAAAUGAAAAUAUGUUUCAGGUACAGUGGUGUACGAAAUUCUUUGUGCAAUGAACCGAAGGGAAUAUCUAAGGAAACGAGACCACUUUCUGACAAAGUAUAUCAAAAAAAGAAAGCAAAUGAUCUGUAUGAGUUUCUUCUUCAAUAUGAGUUUAAAGCACCUAUAACCCAAACGAAGUUAUUGCAACCUAGCAAGAAAGAAUAUGAAAUGAUAUUCCAAUUUUUAGUCAAUUUUUGGGAACCUACAUUUGAAGUGAAGAACUUAGAGGAAGAUGCACCUAAACUUUUGAAAGUUCUUGGUUAUCCUUUCACUCUGAAUAAAUCUCUUUUUAUGUAUGUUGCAAGAACCAAUUUUUCAUCUCUUCUCGGAGUACUUUUGUUUCUUAUGGAUCAUGCUAAGUUUUCCCUAAAUGUUGAUUUACCCAAUUUGCUAUUAGCUGGAGAUCCUUCAAAUGAACAUUUUGUUCUGAUGAAGUAUAUAUAUGAAUGUUACCCUGAUCUAAGUAAUGAGGAAGAAAUGGUUGAAGUUUUUGAAAAAAUAAUUCGGUCUAGAGAUGACCAGGAUUUAGGUAAUCUGGAACAAGAAAGAGAUUUGAGGAAAGAAAAGUUGAAAGAUGUUAAAAAACAGCUGGAAAUUAUAGAACAAUUACAGAAAAGCAUAGAAGAGACAAAUGUUCGAAUAAAGUGUUAUGAAGAAUAUUUUGUAGACAUGGAAAAGUUUAAAGAAAAGAAAGAAGCUUCUAUUUUAAAGUUAACAGAAGAAGUUGAAGAAAAAAGAACAAUGUUGCGUGAUCAAGAGGAAAUACUUAGCAAAAAGCAAGCUUUAUACGAUGCUCAAGGUUUUGAUGGCAAAAAACAUCUUACUCAUUUUGAAGAACUGAAGAAAGAAUUAAAUGAAAAUUUACAGCAAAACAGGGCAUCUUUAAGAAAUCUACAAGAAGAGUGUUGGAGUUUAGAUAUAGAGUAUACCAAGAUUCUCGAUAAGGGUAAAGAAUUGAGCAAGAAAUUGAUACAAACGAUUUCACAAGUAUCUGAUGUCGUUAAAGCAAGUUUCCAGAAUUUGCGAAACAUUAAAGAUCCUCAGGUGCAGAAUGUUUGUAACAGUUUCAGAAUUGAGAUUCCAGAAUGUCCCACUGAUUCCAGUCAAAGAGCUUUUAUGGCGUGGAUUGAUGCUCACAAAGAGGCUCUGGAAGAAAUACAAAAAAAGAUUGUCAAGACUAUUAUCAUCAUUAAAACAAUAAUCUCUGCAAAAACAGAAGAACAAACUUCGAUAGAAAUGAAAAAGAUACAACUAUCUGCCAAACUGAAGUGCUCAUCUUCCGUUGAAUUUCAAAAAGAACAUGAUUUGGCAAAUUUAGAAAAACUAGCUGUUGAAGAAGUCAGAGCUCUCAAAGAUAAAUGUGAUAAGGAUUUGUCUAAAUUUGAAGAAUUACAAAAGGAUAAAAGAGAAAAAUUUGAUAAAUUAUCCAAGUUGAAAUCUGACAUGCAAGAAGUAUUGAAAAUAAAGAAGAAUAAAUCUGAAAUGCUCGAAAAAUUCAAGAGAGAACACGAAAAAAUGGUUGCCAUACUGAAAUCCAAAUUAGAAACUGCUAUAAAUGAGUCUGAGGAGUAUGGAUUUGAAAUUGUAGCAGAAUUGCAAGAACUCAUUACAAAAUAUAAGAGAGAAACCGAAUAAUUUCUUUCCUGGAACACUUUUAUAUUUAUUCCUGUUUCGCAUUGUUGAUGUUUGUAAUUUUGCAUUUUGUACAGAAAUCUAUUAUAUUUUCUACUCAUUCAUUUUAA